UGGUAAUCAUCACCGAGCGGCAACAUUGCAUUCACCCCGCCUACAAAGAUUUAAAGACAGGCCAGUUAAGUGCGACAACUUUUAACAAUAAAGUGAAACCCCUGAAUAAAGUGAUCGAGUGGCAAAAUUGCAUUCACCCUGCCUGCAAAGAUUUAAAGACAGGCCAGUUUAGGUGCGACAAUUUUUAACAGUAAAGUGAAACCCAUGAAUAAAGUGACCGCAAGUUGUUUUCUUCCGGGUUUAUUUCCUACUCAGGCAGAUUAUGUACUUACUUAUUGUACGGCGGUUGGUGACGUACAGCAAGUGUCGGGUACCGGAAAAGAACUGUUGAGACAAAAGUGCAUUUGUUUGAAACGACUGUGUUGAAGAGAAAUGGCAGGGCAGCAGAGUACUCUGCCUAAUCUGCUGGAAUUUGCAGUCCAAAUGAGCUGCGAGAGCUGUGUCCAGAAGAUAAACAGUGUACUGCAAGGAGUAUCAGGCAUCCGUUCUGUAAAAAUUAACUUGGAGUCUGAGCAAGUGCUGGUUGAAACAACUCUUACUUCACAAGAAGUCCAGGACUUGAUAGAGAGCACAGGACGUCGAGCAGUUCUUAAAGGAAUGGGGUCUGAUACAUUACGAAACCUUGAGGCAGCUGUAGCAAUGCUGUCAGGACCAGGCCCUGUCCAAGGGGUAGUAAGGUUUGUGCAGCUUACUGAGGAGAAGUGCAUUGUGGAAGGAACAAUAGAUGGACUGAAUCCUGGACUUCAUGGCCUGCAUGUUCAUGAGUUCGGUGACCUUACCGACUCCUGUACCAGCUGUGGAGGACACUUGAAUCCUUAUGGAAAGCAGCAUGGUGGUCCUCGGGAUGCUGACAGGCAUGUUGGGGACCUUGGAAACAUUCUGGCUGCUGAAGAUUGCAGAGCUAUAUUCAGACUGGAAGAUGAACAAUUAAAGGUUUGGGAUAUCAUAGGGCGUUCUUUGGUGGUAGAUGCAGAAGAAGAUGACCUCGGUCGUGGAGGACAACCCCUCUCCAAGUUAACUGGAAAUUCAGGAGAAAGGUUAGCCUGUGGCAUAAUUGCUCGUUCAGCAGGACUUUUCCAGAACCCCAAACAAAUCUGUGCAUGUGAUGGUGUAACUCUCUGGGAGGAGAGAGACAAGCCUAUUGCAGGCCCAGGUCGGAAAUCCACAAGCAAGCCUUCUGCUAAUCUGUAAAGUGAAGAAGGAGACUCAAGGGAUGAUCCUGUACUACUGAAAAUGUGAUAUUACAGUGAUUUAAGAAGUUGAUGUGGUGCUUGAUAAUUUGAGUUACAAGACAUAAUGAAGUUGUUGCUAGGUAGUGAAAUGAAAUGGACAAAAUAGAAAUAAAUGUUAGAUCAAACAUCAAAUCUGUUAUAAGAUUUACUUUGAAAUGUAAACAUAUGCUUUUGUACAGAUAUGUUACACGAUGUGUGGAGAACAGAGAGAUAUCUUCUUGUUUUAAGAUUACUACCAUGACACUGAAAGAUAUAAUAACUGUGGGACUGUUGUCUUUUAGAUAAUUGUAAAUGUAUCAUGUGUAUGAUUAUUUUAAAACAUAGACAUUUUACUUCAUUGCUUAUCAUGUCACAUGUUUGAAGCUUAUGAUAUUUUUGUUAUAUAAAAUGGAUUUUAAAUUCUGGUAAUAGUCAAUGUACCUUUAUAGUUAUUGCUGAAGAAAUGGCACAACCAGUUCUGGUAGUUCCAGAUAUUCAAUUAAUUUAUUUUGUCAAACGUGUGUUAAAAUAGCUAGUACAGAACCACUGGGUUAGACUUCCCAAACAGGUCAGAUUUUUUCAGCUAUGUUCUCAUUAUUUUUAUUAAAGUUUAAUAUAAUAUAAUAUAUAUAUAUAUAUAUAUAUAUAUAUAUAUAUAUAUAUAUAUAUAUAUAUAUACACACAUAUUACCUAGGACUGGAUCUGAGCUUUUGUUUUCUGUUGCUUUUUGUGCAGCUGUACGCUUAUACUCUGAACCAGUAGCAACAACAACUAGGUUCAGGUUUGCAGUUAGUUAAGUUUUCAGUGUUAUGCCUGCGAUAUUAAGUCUGUUGUCCAAAACAUGCAAAAUACUGAAUUCUGUUCAUCGGUAUCAUUGUAUGUAGCUUUGAAAUGAUAAUGUUUUCUCUUGGUCAUAAGUUGCAAAACAACAUAUUUUAUCAUGCUUUGGUAAAAUCAGGUUCCUGUCCCAAUUUGCAUUAAUUCUGCUUCGCACAAAUAACAUUUGACUGUUGGUAUUACAGAAUAGUGUUUUAUUGCCAUGGUACAAUUAAUACAGUUUCUGGUGGCUAUAUUAAUUCAGUCAAGCACAUAGCACCUUAACUGAUGCUACAUUACCCUAAGUUAUGCAAACCACUAUGAAGCAGUACAUUCUUGACUGACAGUUAAAGCUACAUUGCUUUACCUUCUUCCCCAUUAAACACUGCACCAAAUAAUGGUCACAAACAUUUCAAAGUGGAAUGUAAUAUUCUACUUACUUAUAUUUAGUUACAACUCCUCACUUCUGGAUGUCAUAGGAUAGUUAUUGGCAAACUACUGAUACUGUCUUGCUGUUUGUUGCUUCCCUGUUAAUCAGUGCACCAGAUUAUAUCUGAUGUAAAAUAAAGCUAAUUAUUUCUGUU